AUGCACCUACCAACAGAAUGCUGUACGGUAUAUUUACCCGCACACGAAUGGCAACACAACUCUCCUUGCAUGAACCGCCGUGCUGAAGCCAACAAGAUGGCAUUCUUGCUGGUUCCGACUCUGCUCCGAAAGAGACUUAACUCUUCAACCCUCUACAACGCGCAUUGGCCAUAUGAUAGCCCAUCCAGCGUCCUCGCAUUUCACUGGUCCCUUGGGGAACAGCCAUUCAAGGCGGAAUCAGUGGGCAUCGGCUACGCCGGGUUGGCUGCCGCACUGGAUCGCAUGACCAAAGGCCGGUCGGUGAUGGGCAUCAAUAAGGCUAAAUCUCUAGAACAGACGAAUAGUGGAGCUAGCGCGGCGCGGUUGCGCGGUGUAUUGGCCUCUGCCGUCCAAGGGCGGAACCAUAAGCUGCUAGAGCAAUUACUGGAUACUGGGGUGUUGCCGGGUCUCGGGGAGCAUAUUCAUCCGCUGAACGAGGCUGUGCACCGGCACGACUUCGAGGGUAAGACGCCUCUGCUUGUCGCAGUGGACGAGUCAAAAAGGACGGGACUCUCCCUUGAUUCGGGCGCCAUUCGCGACAAUCGGGGCGACAUCUUGACCCUGCUGCUGGAGCGCGGGGCAAACCCAAACGUCAUAGCGUCCGUGUAUCCUACUUGGAAAUGCAUCAUUCACAACCGGCUUCAUUUCCUGCCUACCUUGGUGGACGCUGGUGCGGAUCUUUUUGAGCCACCGGGAUUGGUCGAGCUGGCCGUCCAAUUCAACAACAUUGAAGCCCUGAAGUGGCUGGUUGAGCAGGGAGGCGUGAACGUGAAUGACCGCAACGCACAAGGUCAUACAGCCUUAACCACAGCCAUCCGCGAGAACCGGUCGGAAAUGCUUAGCUAUCUUCUCGCACAUAGAGCCAAUCCCGCUCAGCGCGGGCAGGACUGGCCCGUAUGCAUGGCCGUGCGGUCGCCGACUAUAUUGCAGAAAUUGCUCCCGAUGGUUCCUGAUCUUUCUGCUCACAAAGUCAUCAUAGAGAUGGCAGUACUAGCCAACCAGUUGGAGAGCAUUAAGCUCCUACUAGCCGCUGGAGCUAGUGUUAAGUAGAAGAAUGGCGGUGUCUUCUCCCCACUAACGACGGCCUUGCGAGAGCGCCAUGUGGAUAUUCUAAGAUUCCUUCUGGAGGAAGGAGGUGCCGAUCCAAGUGCCCCCGGUGAACAUCUGCCUCUCGUCAAGGCAAUCCGCCGUAUUCCCAACGGCGAUCUUUCCAUGAUUGAACUUGUGCUUAAAAAGGGUGCCGACCCCAAUAAAGCUUACCGGAACGGGAACGCUAUAAUGCAGGCGAUUGAGUACCGGGAGCUACCAUUGUUGCACUGCUAGUUAAGAAGGGAGGUGGAGUUGAUCCCACGCAGCAAGAUGAGACAGGUCAGACUUUUCUGGAAAUGGUGGAUUCCAGGUGGCCUGAGGCGACGCAGUUCCUUCUUGAUCAUGCACGUGGCUAGCUUGUAGUUUGUUCUGGAUCUUUGAGAGUCUUAUGAUUAUGAUAUAGGCCUGACUCAC